AUGGCAGCCAAUGAGAUCAGCUUGGAUGAUGUCCUGCGAAGCCCGCUCAAAGAUGAGAAUUGCGAUGCUAUUUUUGAUGGAUUCCCCACAUUGAUGCGCUGGUACAUUGAUACUCGUGAAUGGGAGGCUAAUGGCCUAGAUCUUCCUAUGUUGCACGCCCUUCGCCCCGCCGAACAACAGGCUGUGACCAAGUUUCACCAUGCAGCGGACAAGCGCAUGUCUUUGGCAUCCCAUUUGCUAAAAUACUUAUUCAUUCACCAUACUUGUGGUGUCCCCUGGAAGGACAUUGUGUUCAGCCGUACUGCUGCCCCGCAGAAUCGUCCCUAUUAUGCGUCUGGCUCAGCUACCCAGGUCGAGUUCAACGUCAGCCACCAAGCAUCACUGACCAUUCUGGCUGGUACUCUUGCUCCCAAUGAUGAGAUGCUACAAAAAAACACAGCUAAGGCUAUUUCAUUUAUCCCUCCGCGACUGGGUAUCGAUGUCACAUGCGUUAAUGAACGCCGCAAACCCAUGACAACCAUCGGAGACUUUAUUGAGUUCGUAUCUAUUUUCUCUGAAGUGUUCUCACCCGGCGAAUUGGCGAUCAUGAAGAAUCCUAUUUCAACUCUUCAUCAGGCUCGAGAGCUUGGUUUUGCCAAAAGCUUUCCCUCAGACGAUGAUGGAACCGUCAUUGAAUAUGGACUUCGUCUGUUCUACUCUUACUGGGCUCUCAAAGAAGCCUAUCUCAAAAUGACCGGCGAUGCCCUCCUAGCCCCCUGGGUGCGCACCCUUGAAUUCUCAAAUGUGAUUCCACCAGAUCCAGUCGAUCCCUUACAAGCUUCUAAGCCUUACGGCGUCUCUCGCGAUAAAAAACAUAUUCCCCAAUCAACCAAAAAUUGGGGUGUGCCGUAUACAAGAGUUAAAAUCUCUCGAGCAGGUCGACCGCUAGAUGAUGUCCGCAUUCAACUUCAAUCUUUCGAGUCUGACUAUAUCAUCGCUACUGCGGGUAGUGGGGCCUCGGUGGGUGUCAUUCCCCAAAACUGCCAAAAGGACCAACCACACUGCCCCCAAGGCGAAAUUAGGCUCAUCUUGCCUGAUGGACAGACGGAAGAAAGGCGUAUUCCCUUAUGCACCAGGAAACUGAUUGGGGAUAUGAAUCCUUGGCGCAUACCUUUUGCCAUUACAGAUCCUUGGCUUCCCAUGCAGGAGGUUGACAUCGAGCUUGAUAUCCGAGCCUGCGCUGAAGGCCGCUGUGUACACCCGACCAACAACAGAAGCGUUCUGUCAGCUGUGCAGGUGCACGGUUAG